AAAUAAAAACAGAGAGAGAUAAAGAAAAAACGAGUUGCGGAAACUGGAAACAUGGGAGAUGUUGUAGUGUUUGUGGAGGAUUUGAAGAAGAGCUAUGGAGUUUCUUACUGUAGAAUUUGCCAUGAAGAGGAAUUUGAAGACUCUCAUCAGACUUUAGAAGCUCCUUGUGCUUGUUCUGGAACUGUCAAGUUCGCGCACAGAGAUUGCAUACAGAGAUGGUGCAACGAGAAGGGAAACACAACCUGCGAAAUAUGCCUUCAGAAUUACGAGCCGGGGUAUACAGCACCUCCAAAGAUUUCUCCUCUAAUUGAAGCAGCAGUCACCAUUAGAGAUAGCUUGCAGAUUCCAAGAAGAGAACAAAGGCCAAGUAUAGUGGCUUUAGCUGAAGAAAACGAGUAUUCUGAAUCACAAUGCACUUCUGCUGCAGAUAGAAGCGCGUCUUGCUUUAGAUCUCUGGCUCUUCUUGUUACGGUGAUUUUACUUGUGAGACAUCUCUAUGCGGUUCUUACCGGUGGGGCAGAAGAUUACCCUUUCACACUUCUAACAAUAAUUAUUCUAAGGGCUAGUGGAAUAAUCCUCCCAAUGUAUGCAUUAGUUCGAACAAUUACAGCACUUCAAAACAGCGCCAGGAGACGAUAUCAAGAUUCUGAUGAUGACGAUGACUUAGCAUCGGAUGGAGAUGAAGAAGAAGAAGAAGAAGACGAACAUCAUCAAGACAUAGUUUAAACAAGGCUCUUAAGAGAUUUUUUGUCCGUCCUCCUGUUAUUACGUGUAUUAGACUAGAGAAUUGCUUUAAUGCUCUAGCUUUUAUUGUUUUGAGGUAAACAAAAAAUAAAUGAAAAAAAAAAACCAAUUUUUUUCCUU